AUGACAACUGUUAAACCAACCUCCCCAGAAAACCCACGUGUCUUCUUUGAUAUCACCAUCGGUGGUGUUGAAGCCGGUAAAGUAGUUAUGGAAUUAUAUGCCAACACUGUCCCAAAGACUGCUGAAAACUUCAGAGCUUUAUGUACUGGUGAAAAAGGUAUCGGUAAAUCAGGCAAACCAUUAUCAUACAAAGGAUCAUCUUUCCAUCGUGUUAUCACCAACUUUAUGUGUCAAGGUGGUGACUUUACCAUGGGUAAUGGUACUGGUGGUGAAUCAAUCUACGGUAACAAAUUUGCUGAUGAAAACUUCAAAUUAAAACAUUUCGGUCAAGGUACACUCUCAAUGGCCAACGCUGGUGCCAACACCAAUGGUUCACAAUUCUUUAUCUGUGUUGCUCCAACUGAUUGGUUAGACGGUAAACACGUUGUAUUCGGUUUUGUCACUGAAGGUAUGGAUGUCGUUAAAAAGAUGGAAGCUGCUGGUUCACAAUCAGGUAAAACUACCAAACCAGUCGUCAUUGCCAACUGUGGUCAACUUUAA